AAAUUUCAUUCAUGAUCAAAAGUUUCGAAACUGUAUUGCACUAAUUAUUCUGCCAUUUUACUGUAUCGUUGUUAUUUUGAGCGCGCGCUCUCAAACGAGGAUUUAACUCAGCAUGAGACGAAUCACCACAGGUUUAACGCACGAAUCGCGCUGCAUUUCUGUUUUUAACAAGAGACACUGACCGUGCUCCGUUCCUAAUGCCUGAUGUGAAAUCUCCCUGUGGUUUUGAGGUGUCUGAGAAUGAGCACGGAUCUGGAGCGCGCUUCUCUCAAGUCGGGCGCGAACUCGCUGGGCUCCGGUGGCCGCGCGCUCUCCGUUAACGUCAAGAAGUUGCACAACGCGCUCAACGUGCUGCUCAACGACUUCGAAAGGGAGCAGUUCAUCCACUGCCUCAACAUUUACCACGCCAAGCGCAAUGUAUUCGAUCUCGUGCAGACUCUUAAAGUCAUUCUCAACACACCCAACAAGCGCCAACUUUUACCCAUGCUGCGCCUGGUCAUACCCCGCUCGGACCAGCUGCUGUUCGACCAGUACACGUCGGAAGGGCUUUAUCUGAAAACGGAUCUGCUGACAGGCAGUAUCAAGCACGAGUGCUCGGAAGACAUCAGCAGCACAAACGCGCAUGCAGGAGCAUCUCCGGUGCACUUUCUACGCGAGUACGAGCAGGCCGGUCCCAGUCAUGGACCUGUGCGCGCGGCUCCUGUUUUCAGCACCACAGUUAAGGGGACAGCGCCGGUGCUGAUGCAGGAAGCGCCUGAUGAAAUCCGCCAAGUUACGCUGAAAAGGAGCAAGAGCCACGAAGGCCUGGGAUUCAGCAUACGGGGUGGGUCAGAGCAUGGAGUUGGCAUCUAUGUAUCUUUGGUGGAGCCGGGAUCAUCCGCUGAGAGAGAGGGGCUGAGAGUUGGAGACCAGAUCAUGAAAGUCAAUAACAUGGUGUUUGACCGAGUCACUCACGGAGAGGCAGUCAAGGUGUUGAAAGGUUCUAAGAAGCUCUCCAUGUCAGUCUGUUCUAUGGGACGGAUCCCAGGUGGUUAUGUGACCAAUCACGUGUAUACAUGGGUGGACCCUCAGGGCCGCAGUGUGUCCCCGCCCCCAGACCUGGUGGACCAGCGUGGCUCAGGAGGAAGACACUCGGACAUCCAGCAACUUGGACACACACACAUACGCCACGAGGAUGCCGAGAAGAAGGUGAACAUCUCACUGGAUGACGGGCGAUCUUUGGGUCUGAUGAUCCGUGGGGGUGCUGAGUAUGCUCUGGGCAUCUAUAUCACCGGAGUGGACCGAGGGUCUGCUGCAGAGUAUAGUGGACUAAAGGUAGGGGAUCAGAUUCUGGAGGUCAAUGGACGUAGUUUCCGGAGCAUUUGUCAUGAUGAGGCCGUGCAGAUCUUGAAGAAUUCAAGCCACAUGCUGAUGACCAUAAAGGACGUGGGACGGCUGCCGCAUGCACGCACUGUGGUGGAUGAGACCAAAUGGAUCCCUAGUGCACAGAUUGCUGAGAGCUCGGCCAAUAGCAACACCCAAAGUGUUCUAUCUGUUGAUGUCGGAGCAGGAAGUUCAGGAAAGUCAGUCUGUUGUAAAGGUGUUAUGCCAGCGGUUGGAGUGGUACGCGCAGGAGCGUGGAACUCGCUGGAGGAACAGGCGUUCAUGCUUCUAACAGAGACAGAGAGACAGACCAUGGGCUACUACAUUCAAGAGUACCAGCACGCACACAUCGGGGUAGAGCCUCUGGCCAUGGCCUUGUUUGAACUGUUCAACACACAUGCCAAGCUGUCCUUGCUGGCUGAGGUGCGGACUCUGAUCGCUGCGCAGGACCUGGAGCGAUUCGACGGGCAGGUGUUGCAGCGUGAGAUGGAGGCGUGGAGAGCUCGGCAUGCCGGCCCGGGCCUUCUGCACCCUGAUUCUAUCUGUGUCACCCAUCCAGAGGGCCACGUUCCUUCUGUUUGCCAGCUGACCCCUGCAGUCCCCGGCUACAACAAGAGUGAGUGCAGGUUGGAUGGGAGUUUGAUGCCACUUCAGAGUCUAAAUUCUCUUCCUGAUGUUGCUCUGGAUAAGGUGCAGCCGUCAUCUGAGUCACCCCCCUCGUUCAAGCCUCCCCCUCCACCUAUUCGACAUGCCAGCCCAAAAAGUCAAACCAAACGUCCUUCGUCUAAGCUGUCCCAGACCAACCUGCUCUUUACUGCCCCCUGUAGGCGGCACCAAGAAAACCACACCCACAAUCACUCGCACUCACCCUGCUCUACUCACAACUCCCCGUGUACCAUCCACCACACCACUUCCACCUGCUCUGUCCAUCACACUCCUCCACCCUGCUCUCACCAUCACAGCUCUCCACGGUCAUCAUCCUAUCAUGCUAGCCCUUCCUCCGGACCGCCGUGUAGAGAUCUGGUUCAGUUUCUGAUGAGCAGGCAUGCGGCGGUGCUUUCCCCGCACCCGGAGUCUCCAAAUCGUUCUCGAGAGGGCACCCCAAUAAUCUCUCCCCGCUCCUCUCCAUCCCUUUCGCCUUCACUGCUAAUGCCUGCACCGCCUCCCUGUAGCCCAGAGAACCUCGAGGGCUCCCCAUCUCACAGCUGCGGUGCCACCCAGAACAGCCCACUACACCCUGAGCCGGAGACGGUAGAGGAAAGGCUCCAGCCCCAGCCACGAGGAGCCACAUUGUCCCAGCUGUCAGACAGCGGACAGACUCUGAGCGAGGACAGUGGAGUGGAUAUUGCAGAGGCUGGAGGGUUGAGUAAGGACAGCAGCCCGCGACCAGGCAAACCUCCCUUCCUGCAGGUCAUAUGUGACACACGCAGAGCAGAAGGACUCGCCCAGGCCUCGGCAAAACAGAUGGGAAUAAUGGAGCCUAUGUUUGUACGGGUGCCCAAGUGUGCCAGUACACUGGGUAUUGCUGUUGAAGGGGGUGCCAACACCAGACAGCCUCUGCCACGCAUUGCGACCAUACAGAAGGGGGGCUCUGUGCAUAUCUGUGGGCAGUUACGGGUGGGUCAGGUGAUUCUUGAGGUGAAUGGCGUGUCACUUAAAGGAAUGGAGCACCGGGAUGCGACUCGAGUCAUUGCGGAGGCUUUUAAGACCAAAGACAAAGACCAUGUCGACUUUUUGAUUGCCGAUUUCAACUCUGCUCUGUAGAAGUCGUCCCUUUGAGAGUUUCACUCGACGGCACUGCAAAGACCUGGCACUUUACGUCACAUCCGCACAGAGGGGCCGAAUGAGUCAUGCUUGUCAUAUCUGAGUCACAAUUAGCUUAGAGUUCAAAAGCUUCGACACACCCGCCUUACGUCUGUGUUCUCGCUACAACAGCGACCAGCCAUCACACAUUUACUGUAUUAACAAGGUAUGUUCCAGUGGAUGAUCUGGUGAAAUGUUUGACAGGACAAAAUCAGGGUUAUGUCAAGUCUUUACAAAUCUGUUCC